AUGAUAUCCCUAACUAAACCCACCAACAAACUACUUUCAAACUUAACUAUUCCAUAUACGCCGCAACUUAAUGGUAAAGCAGAACGACUGAACCGUACUCUCAUGGAGAAAACGAGAGCCUUAUUGUUGGAUGGAGCGGUACCCAAAUACCUCUGGGGGGAAGCAUUACUAACAGCAAGUUUCUUAUUAAAUAGAUGUCCUACAAAAGGUAAAAAUAAGACUCCUUCGGAAUUGUGGUUUGGUAUAAAACCCGAUGUCUCAAAUAUUAGAAGAUUUGGGUCAACUGCUUAUUUUAAAAUAAAUUCUGAACUUAAAAAAUUAGAUGAUCGUUGUAAAAAGGGCAUACUAGUUGGCUAUGUAAGAAACGGGUAUAAAAUUUGGUACGAAAAUAAAAUUAUACGAGCACGAGAUGUGCGAAUUAAUGAGAGCGAACAAGGAAUUUUAGGUGGAUACUUAGAAGAUAAUGAAGUAAUUAAUGGGCUUUGGGAAGGUGACGGGGAGGAUCAGAAUAAUAAUAACACAAAUAAAAACAAUCGGGAAGAAGAAGUCAGAGAAGUUCGAGAAGGAGAUGUUGUUAGAAAUAUCAGUGAUAGUGCAAACGAAGUUCGAGAAGGUGAAGUUGCAAUGGUUUGA